AUGUACCGAUAUGAGUUAGAUCAGCACCCCAUCAGCCCCCUCCGGCCCAAAACAACAAAGCACCUCAGCCUGAGUGGCCCGGUGGCGGCGUCGCGACCGGCGACCCCGGCCCGCCAUGGAGGCACGAAGAGGACUGAGGAGGUCCGGGGGCCGGAGCGGAGCCCCUCGUGGCCUCGCUGGGUCUUCACCUCCGCUCCGGGUCUCUACGACCGCGGCGGCGCGGCCAGCAGGAGCAGCGGCAGCAGAGCCACGGCGCAUCGUCGGCGGCGGAGGCUGGAGCUUAGCCGCAGCCCGGAGGCGCCCCUCGUGGCCUCACACCGUCCUCUUUGGACUGGCUCUCCACGCCCGCGCCCAGCAGGAGCCGGCGAGCAGCGUCUGCUGAGCCACGGUGCGUCGGCGGGGCUGGCCGCCCAGCCCCGUUCCUCCCCGUCCCCAGGCCCAGACUCCUGCUGCAAGUGCACCGUGCACAGCACAGGACAGUUUGAAAUAUUUCAUAUUGUAGGGGGCAUAGGAGCUUCCGAUAUGAAAUAUUGUGUGGGAUGUCUGCAUCGCUUGAAGAUGAAAAAAAAAUCUAAAGCGUUUUCAAGGCUUAAGAAAUCAUAUGAUAAAUUUGCCUCGCGAGAGCAUGAGGAAUGAAUGGUGCGUAUUGUGUUCAUUUGUCUCAAUUCGUAAUGCUAUUUUGUUUUGUGAGGAAUUAAAACAUUGCAUUCUUAUAUACAACUUUUUCUAUCUAAAAUGGUAUAUGUUUUGCUUGAGCACUUUGAAUUGAUAUCAUCAAUUGUGUUCUUUGAGUAUCUAUUAGUGUACGGCUAGUAAAAUUUUUAACCUUAAACUAUUUAGACCACUUCUUGUCUCGUUUCUGGAUUUAAAAGAAACUCGAUCCACAAUGCCAGUAUUAAAUGCCAUUCGUGCAUACUUCGCAGCAGAUUAGAAGGCGAUGAGCCCAUGAAUCACAUAAAAUUAAAUAUUUGAUGAAAAAAUAAUACAAGAAACUAAUUGUAUGUAUUAGCUUCACACUCGGCCGAUAUGAACUGGUAAAUUAGAAAUCCAGAUUAAUAAUAUUCCACACAGGAGUCAUAUUUAAUCAAAUAACAACGUAUAUGACAUCAGAAGCACAGGUACAUUACACAUACUAUAUUACAAUAAUAAAGCAAUGAGGGACAUAGAGGUGCUUGCAAAUUAUGAUGGCAGACAAAGCUCAUAUAUACACUCCACUAUAUAUAAACAAAUCUAUUAGACAAGCAGUUUCACACAGGACAUGCAAGGCUGCUAGAUAUACUGAAAACAAGCACUACAUAUAUAUGCUGCAAUCACCUCUGUCCUAGAGUAGCUCUUGUCUCUUGAUAUCUUCACCAUGUACCGAGAAUAACGUGGACGUCUUCAUCUGAGGUAGCUUUUGAUGACAAAGUGCUCACGGACGAAAGUGAACGCCGGAGGCAGGCUGGGCUCGUAUAAGCUGCGGUGGUGGGGAGUGUUGUCACCUUGGUCGUCGUCCCAGUGUAGCUUUGCCCACCAGGCCUGCUCCCCACUCACCUUCACGGUCUUGUUUGGUUGUUGGUGGAGGCGAGGCAGACGAUGCAAGCUCCAGCACCCACGGACCUGGAACUCCUCCCACUUGGGCGCGGUGAGGAUGGCGUCGUUGACGUAGAGAUGCUCCAGCAGUGGCAACUCCUGGAGGCGUAUCUUUUGGAGGCAAGGGAACUGGUAGUGACGAGGAGAAGAAUGAUGGCCAUUGUUGUAAAAUAUUGCCUUCAGGUUGUAGCAGAAGAGGAUGUCGAGUGUCACGAGGCUUGGCAGCUCACAGUCACAUGGCAUGAAGCCCUCCAACCUUGGGCAGUGCUCCAGACGGAUGUGCUUGAGUGCACGGAACUUAGUAGCACCACGGCCAUAUGGUGGUCUGUAGAAAUGGGUGAGACUUUUGAGAUAGGAGACACAUGCAUUCUUCAGAUUGUUCCCUAGACAUGUCGCCACCUCAAAUACAUGAACCAUGCGGUGGCACCGCCUGAGCUUGCAUUCCUCUAGAUCAUUGAAAUUACUCAGAUGACCGCUGAGGCUGGUGACAUGGGUAUCAUUCAUCAUACAUACCGACUUGGUGACCUCUAGAAGAUGGGUUAGACCAGCAGGAUACCGAUCCACUGCUGAGAUCUCCACAUGACGCUCGGUCACCCGGAAGGGAAGCAUGUCAUCCAUUGACACCAGCAUAGAGACUCCCCCUGUAAGAUACUGAUGGUUUACAUCAGCAUAGGUUGAUUCCGAUACCUGAAGCAUGUUGCUGGUCACCAUGUCAUCUUCGUCAUUGGUCUUCAUAAAUCUGGCCUUAAAUGAUUUCACUUGAAUGUAGAAAGACUUCAAAAAGUGUCCACUCCUUACUAAAUAUGCACUGUGACUGAAGAAGCUAUAAAACAAUCUGGAAUUGCUGGUGCUCACCAUCUGAGCAACUUGUGGACUGCAAUGAACUCCAUUUCCCUCCAAGCUCUGAUCCAAGCAGACAAUAUCUGGGAGUCGUUUCAGAGCAUGCCAAGGAAAGCGUCUAAGAGCAGGAACACCUAUGAGAAGCAACUGUCGGAGCCGGGGUAGAUUAGGGAUGUGGGCUGGAAGCUCCUUGAUACCUGUAGCAGAAAGAUCAAGCUCCUCUAAAGCAUCAAGCUCCUCGAGAGUGUCCACAGACUCCAGCUUUCUACAUCCAUUGAAGGACAAUCUCCUUAUAUAGGGUGCGGCUACCAACGAGAACGAUCUCAGGGUAGGAUGUCCUUCCAGUUUUAGCUCUUCCUCAGUUCCGAACUCCCAUCCACCAAUACCGUUAAUUAGCUCAAGUGAUAGGAGCUUCUUCAUCUUGUUAAAUAUCUCCCAGUAAUGGAAAGACUUUAUCCGAGUCCUUGUGAUCUUAAGUGUUGUUAGACUAGACAACCCAACAAUUGAGGGCGGCAACUCCACAAGGUCGGAGCAACCGACAAGCAAGAGCUCCUGUAGACUAGGCAUGUUCUGGAAGAAGUCACUAUCAAAAGUUUCUACAUUUGAGUAGGAGAGAUCUAGAUUGAGCAAGUUAACCUUGUUGGUGAUAUUUUUUCCAGGGAGAGUAAUUGGGAAGCUGAAUGGAUUUGCGAGUUUAUGGCAUCCCUUGAGUAGAAGCAAUUGGAGUUUUUGGAGAUAGCAGAUUGAAGGAGGGAGUGAUUCUACUUGAGUAUAUGAGAGAUCAAGAACAUGAAGAUAAGGGAGCUUGGGCAACAAUUGACCAAGCUUUGCAAAAAAACUUGGUGAGCAACGCCUUACAACGAGUGUGGUUGGGCCCCUGGGUCUGUGUCCGUGGCUCAACCAUUCUCUACUAAUCUGCCAUCCUUGGUCAUCCAUAUGCGAGAUCCACUGCAUGUGCUCCAACCUAGAAUGCUGAUCAACCCAAAUUUCACCUAUAGUGAGCUGCUCUGCGAUGAGGCCCUGAUAAGCUAAGAAGUGUGCAGCACUCUUAGUGGGAUCGUCAGCUUUAGCUUCAUAAGGAAAAGGCAGCUGAAGCAAUGAGUACUCCAGAAAAGCCUCAAGGAUGGCAUUUCCAACUUGAUAUACAUUGUCUUCAUUGAAUUU